UGCGCGCGCAUCCUGGAGGGUGGGAGGGAAGAGGGGGAGUCCCUCGCGCGGACCGGUCGUUGGUCGGACGGUUGGGCGGCCGUUGAGAGGCGGGGGCCGCCUCCUCCCUCCCUCCCUCUCCCUCCCUCCCUCCAUGCGAAGGUGGCUGCGGGAGGGGGCGGUGAUGGCCGCGGCUGCCUCCUCCUCCUCCUCCUCCCUGGCCGCCCCCUGGCGCUCGCCUGCCGUUCCUUGUCCCUGAGCCAGGCCUGGGGGGAGGCGGAGAGCGAGCGCCGCCCCCGCCGCCGUCCUCAAUGUCUCCCCGGCCGUGGGGCAGCCACCCCAGCCUCGCCCCCCCGGCGGCCCGGCCUUGGCCUCCCCUGCCCCGACUGCCCGCCCGGCGGCCUGACAGCCCCGCAGGUCGCGGCCGAGAUGAAGGCGGAGGCGGCCGACGGCAGCAUGGUCAACCUGUCGGUCCAGCAGGUGCUCAGUCUGUGGGCGCACGGCACCGCGCUCCGGCACCUCACCGAAAUGUGGUAUUGGGUUUUCCUCUGGGCUCUCUUCUCCUCUCUGUUUGUCCACGGUGCUGCGGGAGUUUUAAUGUUUGUGAUGCUGCAGAGACAUAGGCAAGGGAGAGUAAUCUCUGUCAUUGUGGUCAGCAUUGGAUUUCUGGGUUCUGUAACUGGAGCUAUGAUCACCAGUGCAGCCGUAGCUGGAAUUUACAGAGUUGCUGGGAAGAGCAUGGCUCCUUUAGAAGCACUGGUGUUUGGAGUGGGCCAGACAGUGCUGACGCUGAUUAUUUCCUUUUCAAGGAUUCUUGCCACACUUUGAAUCUUCUGUGAAAACUUCGUUCAUCAAAGGGAAACCAUCCGCAGUGAAGCUUCCCAGAAGUUCUUUCAGAGGCUGAUGGGUUUGAAUUGCCGAUGGACUGCAAGGGAAAAUACUUGGUAUGGGACCUGCAAAGCUAGCGGUCCCAUCCAUUGGGAAAGGACUUCCUUUAGAGUCCAAAAAUGACUGCACUGCACCUAAUGUGCCUCUGUCACAGGCAAGGUGUGUUCGAUUUAGGUGAAGCUGCAAGAUGAGAGCACCUUGUGAAGCUGCUAAUCAGGCUAAUGGUAGGUCAUGUGAUCAGUGUUCUCAACAGUUUGGAAAGAAAAUACCCGGGCAUUUCUGAAGAAUGGAUACAUGUGCCAAAUGUGAAGUUGAUUUUACUAAAAAAAAUGGAUAGUGUGACAAUUGAAAUGUGUGUUAAUUGAGUGCUGCAAACCUAAUUCAAAAAAAAUUCAGGUACGCUAGCAAGGUACUUGCUUUUUAUUAUAUGAACUGAAUCCUACUCAGUGCAGAAUGUUGACAUAUUUUUUAAAAAGCUACUUGAGUUUUGAAUUUGUCUGUGAGCAUUGCUGGGAUUUGGUGUCUGAAGCAAAACUCUUGCAAAAACAUGAAUGUGAUUGACCUAGUAUAGCAAAUCUUCAUGAAGGGCAGAUAAAUCACUACCACGGAACUCUUCAGUAAUUUACUUAUAUGCUCUUAAUUCUUUGGGUGUUUAUGAUAUGCCCCAAGGUCUCAUCACAGAUUGAAACUAUUCUUUGAAUUAAGCACAGCUUACAAAAUAAAACCUACAUUAUCCUUAAACUUGAUUUUUAAAAAACGGUUCAAGAUCUUGUGUGGCUUUCUAAAUAUAGCUACUGUUUUUCUUUCAGGAAACCAGUUGUGUUAUUCUCAAUUUGUUAAAGAAAUAUUUUGAUCAGUAGGAACCCGCAAUGUUUACUGCAUGAUCCAACCUAAAUUGCCAUAGCAAUACAUGAGAGAACUCAAAAGGUGGGGAAAUUAAUGUGAUUAUGCCAGAACUCAAAACAAAAUAGCAACUGAUAAAUUGUUGGUAUUCAAAAGGAUACCAGUUAAGAAUCGUAUCUCUGUUUCCCAAUGUUAAAUAACUUUAGUGUGGUUAUAUGUGACUUUUGAUAAGCUUAUAUUCCUGUAGAUGUGUUCUGUAUGAUGCUCUUCUAACAAAGGCAGUGGUAGUAUGAAUGUGAUGUCUUUAAUAUAAAAUGUUAUGAAGUGAAUUGAGAAAAAUUAUGGAACUAUGUACAUGUAGAGAAUGAUUGAGUAAAUUGUACGUUUGGGCUGAUUACACCUGCCCUCAUUAAAAGGGCACUAUGUCAGUCACCUCAAAGAAGGGAGCAAACUUCCUGCAUUUGGAAGCGAAUACAGGUGGUACUAGCCUGAAAAUCCACUGCAGCAUUUACCAGAGAUCCUUAUGAUCUGUUGCUGCUCACCCACCACAAAAUGAGACAUCUUUAUAACAGCACCUCAUUAGCUCUAGCUGUGACUUCUCUUGGCAGCACCAAGGAAUCUUGCUGAGAGCUUGGGUUAAAUUCAGCCAAUGUGGAUAAUAGAGGAGGGCUGUAGCCCACAUUGCCUCUAUUGGCUGCCAGCAGAAGAAUGGCAGUUCUCUUCUGACUGCUAAUAGAAAUAACGGGAGGCUUUCUUUCACAUGUUCCUUUUCGAAGAGACAAUAUGUAAUAAAGACACUCGGCUUGUUCAAGCAUCUCAACGGAAAUAAGAGACAUGACCACAAGUUGCCAUGACAGAAGAGGUUAAUGCCUACAGCAGUCAUACCUUCAGCAAUAAUACUCUUGACAGCACAGUGCUUUGUUCCACAGCCUUUCUAAAUAUUGUGAUAAGUAUCACAAUUUAUAUUCAUAUACUAAGAAAUUGCCGCUAGAGGUUAUUUUGCUUACUUGGUUUAGAGAUAACAUUUUAAAAAGAAAGCGGUUUCUAUCCCUCCUUGAUGCCUGUUUUGUAACAGUCGUCCCCUCCCCACACACACAUACACACAUGUGUCUGUGUGGGUGUAGAAAUGGAGCCGCUGCUGUGCUGUGAGUGUCUGACAUAGCUGUUGGCGGAAGCUCCAUAUUCACCCGAGGCUUUGAAGACAAGGCCUUCAGGGUUUGGGGACUGGAUCAACAUUGAGAUAUUUAAAGAAACAAUCGACAUCAUUCGUUAUCUUUGUUCAGGUAAUUUUCUUAAAUACCAAGGUACGUUAUAAAUAAACAUACAGUGGUAUGAGGUGAUAUUUAAUUUAUAGUGCCUUGAGUAUAGAGUAGAAGGAGUUUUCUAGUUCACUCUCCACUAAUAGUUGUUCUGUCCCCAGUCUUUAGAUUCAGUGUUAAGUGAUGUGAUUGUGGUGUUCAUGUCAAAACCAGAAAAGUUAAUAAUUGACUUAUUCGUUCAAGCGCGACCUGCCCAAGUCAACACAGAAGGAUCUUUCUUAAUUCUAACUGGCAGAAAUAUUAAACAUGGUAUAUCUUCAGGGUUUUAUAGUUAUAAAAUAGCCUCUUGCUUUCCCUAUUUUAGUCAGCACCAGAACAUGCUGUUUGCAACACUGUUGUGGAUGUUAUAUGUGAAGUGUUUUUAUGUCCUGUGUUCUGUAGUAAUUUAAUAAUGCUACUAUUUGUUCACUUCUCAGGCCCCGGUACUGAAGAUAAAAGUUGUGUAAAUUUCUGUUGACUUUAGGGCUAUACAUAGAAAUGUGUAUUCAUGUCUGAGGGUCAGGUACUUCCUAUGUUAGUUACCAGUACCGGGCAAAGCUCUAACAGUUUUCGUGUUAAAAAGCCCCAUCAGUAUUAAGGCCAGGAUAGGAAUAAUUUUUAGUCAAAGUACAUGUUUUGUUUUAAAAUAUUGCAGUGUAUUUAUUUGGAGACAACAGUAUAACAGGUUCUUAGCAUGGCCGCCUUUUUAAAAUAAAAAAGUUGUUGCAACAAAAGGAAGCCAUGACUAAUCAUGUCAGAUAACAUUCAGCUACUGAGAUAUUCUUAGGAUAAAUCAAUGUAUAUGAUUGCUUCUCACUUUCUAUAAAAGAUGGUAAGGGAAAUUUUUCCAUUGCAGACAUUGGUCUCUAAUGGAUAUUAAAGUACAUGGGCACUGGUUGUGAAGAACUCUGGCUUAUGUUUUUGAAUGGGAUACAUCAAAUUUGUAUUAUUUCAUUUUAAAAUUGAUUUCUAUAAUGAAACAGGAAUGAAAUCACUGAGGUAAUGUGUUCUUAAUAGCAAUAUUUUCUGUAUUCAAAGUGUGUCAGAGGGUAAUAUUGACAGAAACUUCUUCAUCUGCCCAAGUGGUUGAAUUCGUAAUGCUCGUCUUCAAGCUUACAGUAGUGUGGUUCGUGUUAGGGUAGGAUGUUGAUUGUAUGAAUGGCAUUGAAAUGAUACCUUUAGCUGCUAAAAGAAAUGGAGAUUAGUAUACUAAUCUUUAAGAAAUGUAGUCUGAGAAAAUGAGUCAACAUAUGUUCCUUGAGAUGUGGUCUUAUCCUUAAAUAAAUCCAGUGUAAGAGAUAUGCAGUACUAAUGCCUGCUCACUAACCUGAAUUGCCAGGAAUAUUUGGUGACAGAUGAGAAUCUCAUGCUAUUCAAGAUAAACUCUUCUGGAUGAUCUUUGGUUUACAUUAAAAAAAAAGCUUAGGCUUCAAGAAAAAAACCCACUAAGAUGCUUAGUAAUAAAGAUCUAGGCAUUUUUAUUUAGUUAUUCAGAGCUACAGUAAUAUAUACUUGGUUUUCAUUUAUGAACACAUGGACCAAAGAGGUGGUUAGAAUGCAUUAUAUUUAUCUGUAAUAUAACAGCCUAAAUAUAUUUUUCUUGAUUAUAUCCGAGGAAGGGAGUAGUGUUUCCUCAUUGGUUUUGCACUUUGCUAUAUUUUGUUUUAGUAUGAUGAACUUCUUUCUACUUGAAUCUUGCAUAUUUUUGUUGUAUUGUAAUAAUACCAAGCAAUCAGCUUUUGGUAUGAUUAAACUGAUUUUAAAAA